AUGCCUUCUCUGCUUGGUUCUCCAUCUGGUGGUUAUGGAGGGAUGCAUAUGCCAAAUACACCCUCCUCAUUGCCUCCAUUUUUUAUGCAAGUUUCAAAGCCACAACUCACACGAAUGACUAAUUUUUUGGGUGGAAAUCAAGCUUCUGCACUUUCAAUUCCUCUAAGAUCAAAUAGUGUGGAAUUGAGACUCUCUAGUCAAGUUAAUCAAACUCCUUCAUCUAGUAAGGAUGCAGAAAGAAACUCAGAUGUUAAAUUUCUUUCUCAUGAUCUUCCAAUAAAAACUCAUGAUUUUAUUGGAGGAAACCAACUUUUAACUGAUGCAAAUGUGUCUUCAUCGUCCACAACUGAAUCAACAUUAGAGGAACUUGACUUGAAUCUCAAACUUUAA